CACCUAAAAACACAAAUAAACAAUAAGAGGAUGUAGACACACACAAAAAUUAUUACAAUGUAUGAUUUUAAUUCAAUGUGAGCCAAAGGAAUAGUUAUAACCUUAUAUAGCCUUAAACACAUCAAAUAUUUGAACUAGUGACCAAUACUGCACCACAUUUUAAGGAUAAAUGUAUAAAAUAUACAGCUAUUUUAUUUGAAUAAAUGUGAAUAUUAAAGUCAAUAUAAACAAAUAUGAGACUGUGUGACAAAAGUGUAACUUAAAUAUUACAUACUGUUUGUGUUUUUUUUUCUCUGUGUUCUCAUUAUAAAUUGUAGGGUUGAGAUAUAUAUAUAUUUAUCGAAGAUGAACUCCAUUCUUUUCAGAUCAGGCAGCUUUCCAUACAAUCUUUAUGCUAAAGGACUGUUGGGGGCCAGUAUUUUGAAUGGGCCUCAUGAUAAAACAAGGCCAUGUGUUUCAACAUCCAGAAUAAGUGUUGCCUCAUUAUGUUGUGCCCUGUUCAAAGUUGACUUUAAAGACUGUCAUUUUAAUCAUACUGCCAUGUAAGAUCUUUAAAUUUGUUGAACCAUGGAUUGGGCAAUCAUAAAUCUAUAAAGGCUUACAAGAGUUUAGCAGCUUACAACCAGUUCCUAGAUGGUUGGGUUCAAGAUAUUAUGGCUUUUAAACCACUAGCAAAGGUUCUUCACUCUCAGUGGUUAGCAGAAAAGGUACUGCAGCCCUGGAUAAGUCGAGAUGGUAUUAUUCUAUCAGCCCACUGUUCUUGUACAGUUGGACUUGGAGAGUCCUGCACUCAUGUGGCAGCCACUUUAUUUAUGCUGGAAGCCAACACCAGACUAAAAGAGAUUAUGCUUCAAUAUGAGGCGAGUGAAGUCACUGGAGAUCAAAUGCCUGACCAGGUCAAUGUAACUUUUAGCACAGAAACAAAAUAUCUAACCAAACUUAAUCUCAGACGCUCGCGGCAUUUUAACCUCGAUAUUCCUUUGUAUAGUUUGGACACCGACCAGGAGGGAAUUUUCCAUAGGCAUAAAGUGAAAACCAGACCCAAAAAGGCCGAUAUGCUGUAUGAAGGCAUCAAACAUCUAGAGUAUACGAUUCAUAUUCUUCUGAGUAAAGUAUACGUUCUUCAGACGGUCGCUUCUUCAAGUUUUAUAGACAGGGACGCUAGUGACGAUGAGAUGAAUGCGGACACAGCGAUAGAUAAUCUACAAGCAUUUAACAUAGGCUCCGGGAGUAGCAUCGUUGGCAUUUAUGAUCACGUGAUGCUGUUGACAGGUUAUGACCUCUUUACAUUGGACAGUAACAAUGAUAAACAAGAUACCUUAGGGAUUGCUUUUGGUGAAACAAUGUGCCGAACAAACGGGAAGAGCUCUUCUGUGAUAGAAGAUCGCCAAGAAGAUCGCUAUUCUAUCUCUACUUCUCAAACGGUAGCACAUGAAAUGGCACAUGGGUAAUCCUUUGCUAUUUAGUUUGUUGGAAGGCAUUAAUGCUGCUAUAAGGAAACUCGCAACAAUUUGUCCAGAUUCAGCGACAUGUCUAAAGUGAAUCAAGCUGUUGUGUCACAACAGACGGUGGCCUACUUAAACAUCGAGACGUAUAUAAGAUUAGGGUUAUAUCUUAUUCCCCAUUUCACUUUCUUGUAGCCAUCGACGAUGUCAUAAAAAUACAUUAAACGGGCUGCAUUCGGAUUUCAAUCGAGUUGGAUUUUGCAGACGACAUAGCAUUACUUUGAAAUACAAUUUAAUGUAUACUCGAGAUGACGGAUAAAGACGCCCUCAAAGUUAUGCAUAUUGGGUGCAGGUUACCCAAUACACCCAUAAGCAUUGGUUAUACAGAUCUUGAACAAAUAGAAAAGUUAACCAAGCCUAUUUAGAAGGUGUUAUUUCAAGCGAUGAAGAUCAUAUCAUGGUGUUGCAUGUCGGAUUUAAAAAUUAAGGCCUAUCUGAAUAAACAAAAUUAAUUAGCCUGGAGAUUAAAAUCCAGCUUCUCAAUACAAUCAUUGUCCCAGCGGCCCCCACGCUUCGAGACGUGGAAGGCUGAAACGAGGCUGAGUAGAUGGCUGAGAAAGAUACUAGGAAUAACAUACUGAGAUAAUGUACCCAAUAGAGAAAUAUUUUCCCCUACAGGCCGUCUAAGGAAAGUGGCGACUGAAUGUCGAUUGACAUUUGUGAGACAUAUCACAUUAGACAAGACGAAACACGUUUACCAAAGUCAGACUUAAAGAUGAAAGCCGAAAAGAGGAACGCAAAAACAUGUCUAGCAUGGCCUCACACUUUUUUAGAAGUCCUGAAUUCCGUGGAGCCAGCUGGGAAAGGGCUGUGGAUAGAGCUUGCAGCCCUAUACGUCGAAUGAGGCGUUUCAGUCUAUGUGUUUCUGAACAGUUUAAAAUAAACAAUGCUAGGUUUGCCACUCAACUGGUUAGAUUAGAUGAUUAGAGUGCCUUAAUCUCACUCGUAGUGUUCCGGGACGAAGCCCCGGACGCCGAGCGUUUUUCUACAUUUCUGAGCUUCAGAAACUCUUUUCCUGGUGUCUACAAGAAAUUAUUUUUCUCAAAUUCAAGGUAUUAAUGUUUUAGUUUUAAAAGUUGCAUUUUACUCACUUGGGUGUCACCCCCUGGUGGGUGUCACCAGGUGCGGACCGCACACCCCUAGUGACGCCACUGCGCUUAACCACUCGACCACCGCGUCUACUUAAUUAGACUUAUAAACAAAUGGGCUAAUAGCAAAAAUAAAGGAGAUGUGUUACAUAGAUUAGCUGAUACGCCUAGCGAUAGUGUUAAAAGUUUUGUUUCGUUGGGUACGUCAGCUGUGGGGAGAGGGGUGUUAUGCUCUUCCGCAUUGUAUAGUACUUGAAAAUGUAACUAAGUCCAACUGGAGGUAACACUGAACUCAAUACUGGAACAGAUAACACCAACGAAAGGCCAACAAUCGAUACAUUGAGUCGACGCUGGUGUUAAAACAGCAAACACUUUUAAUACUUAAGGUGGAUCUAAGCCUCUCAGCACGUCACGACAGAGAAAACAAUCUCUGCAACGCUUCAGAGAGAUACAUUAUGGGUUCUCCUGAUACGGAAAAAAAAGCCUGGGACAGAGUAUAAUCCAUGGCUGUUCUCUCCCUGCAGUGUCAGUUACUUUACCAGCUUUUUGAAGAAAAAAUUGAGCUCCAGUCGAGGUUACACUUGUCUUGUCUACGCUGUCGAAGCAUCAGCAGACAUUCCAGAUGUAUCUGAUAAACUAUUGGGUCAGGUGAUCAAACCUGAUCAACAGUGUCAACAGUUUUUUGGAAAUGAUUCCUUCUUUUGCAGGGCUUCCGAAUCUAGACGCUCUAUCACUGAAAUCUGCCAAGCAAUGUUAUGUGCAGAUGUUUUAAGAGGGUUAUGUAUCCCGCAGAUAGCACUCAUUGGAACAUCUUGUGGCGAUGGAAAGAAUGUGAACCAGGAGAUCUAGACUUGAGGCGAGAACUGUGCACUAACACUAGUGUCUGCCAGACAAAGUCAUCACUAUGCUGUCACUAUUGCUCGUUACAUUACAAGUCUGCAAAUACAAGUACCACACAAUUAACGUCCCCCAACGAGUGUGUACUAGGAGAACCAGAUUUAAGUCCACAGCUGUGUACUAGCCGUAGUAUCUGCCAGACACAGCCAUUGAUGUGCUGUAAAUAUUGUUCUUCCCAAGACAAUUCUGCAAGCCAUCUCUCUUUAUACACUAUUUGGAUAUAUUGUUUUUGUAUUGUGUUCUUUCUUUAUAUUAAAACAAAUGUCUAUUAGGUAGAUAAAGUACAAUUGUCUAUUAAGUAGAUAAAGUAUAAAUGUCUAUUAGGUAGCUAAAGUACAAGACUCUUAGGUAGAUAAAGUACUUACCCUUGUUCGGAAUUUUUUAAAAGUUUUUGUCUAUUUCUUAUCUUUAUACCAUUUUAAGCAUUGUUUACACAAGGAAAUCAAUUAUAAUGAAGCAAUCUAUCAAUCAUAAUGAAGCAAUCGUUGGUGUACUGUGCAUGAAAUAAUAGACCUCUAAAACAUGUAACCAAGGCCGGCCUUAAAUAAUGAGCCUCCUUGUCCUUAUCAUUAUGAGGAACAUUUUGUACAUCCUCUUAUAAUUCUGGAUCUAGAGAUAAAUUAUGUUGCUUGUUUUUAUUUCUUUUAUUAAACAGUUUCAAGUUCUUUA